CGCCCUGCUGUCAUCCUCCAAUAAGAGCGGGCGGUAACGGCGCUCUGUGCGGCUUCCAUGUUGGACCUCCCUUUUUCUGAGCAGCACAUUAGGAGGCGAUCUGCGCAUAUUCUUCAGCCUACAGCCGAGCUGCGGGCUCCCGGCACUCAGGUAUGAGGGAUGUCGCUGCUGUCACGAACAAAUGUCUAGGCCCUCUCUCUCACACACGCGUCAUUCCGUCAUUUGUGUGAUGGGGCCGUGAAUUUAGGUUGGAGGCGCGUCUGAGAAACGCAGCGAAAAGUGGAAUGUGGGCUGAGAAGGGAAUAAUUGGAUUGAGAUAACGCCACAUAAGCAUGAUGUUCACACUCACUGAGGUUGCUUCCCUGAACGACAUCCAGCCGACGUACCGUAUCCUGAAGCCAUGGUGGGACGUCUUCAUGGACUACCUGGGGCUGGUCAUGCUCAUGCUGGCCAUAUUUGCCAUGACCAUGCAGAUCACCAAGGACCAGGUGGCAUGUCUCCCCUAUCUAGAGGAAGUGGAGGAGUCCCUGGGCGCGGGACCUAACUCUUUCACAACACAGAGCCCACCAGACUCCUCCUCACCAGCAUUCACCAGGGCACAGGUGGUGGCUGCUGGCCCACUGGUCACUAAGGACUUACCAGACAGAGCUGUCCAUGAAAUCCACAUCACACAGCACACCGCUGUGAAAGCGGAGAGAUACGCUAGACAACCUCAGCCAACAGGGAUCAGCACCAACUUGGACUAUCAACAGUAUAUAUUUGUCAACCAAAUGUGUUACCAUGUUGCCUUGCCCUGGUAUUCCAAGUACUUUCCAUACCUAACCCUCAUCCACACCCUUGUGCUCAUGGUCAGUAGUAACUUCUGGUUUAAAUACCCCAAAACAAGCUCAAAGAUUGAGCACUUUGUUUCUAUUCUGGGCAGAUGUUUUGAGUCUCCUUGGACUACGAAGGCUUUGUCUGAGACAGCCUGCGAGGACUCGGAAGAGAACAAACAGAGGUUGACAGGCACAUCCUCAGCUCCGAAACAGGUAUCUCUUGAGGGGAAAGAGGACGGCACAACUGCAAACUCGUCCACGCCCAUGCUCGGAAAUAGCGGAGUGAAGUUCUCGGCAGAUAAACCCAUUGCAGAGGUUCCAAGUAGUAUGACAAUCUUGGACAAAAAAGAUGGGGAGCAGGCCAAAGCCCUGUUUGAGAAGGUGAGAAAGUUCAGAGCUCAUGUGGAGGACAGUGAUUUCAUCUAUAAGCUUUAUGUAGCUCAGACUGUCGUCAAAACUGUCAAGUUCAUUUUGAUAUUGUCGUACACUUCGACCUUUAUGGCUGCCAUUGAAUUUCAGCACAAAUGUGAGCCUGAUAUAAAACACCUGACAGGGUACAAAAUGUUCUUCUGCACCCACAACAUGGCUUUCAUGCUGCGAAAGCUUCUUAUUAGCUACAUGGCUUUGAUAAUGAUCUAUGGGAUGGUGUGCUUGUACUCCCUGUUCUGGCUGUUUCGAAGACCCCUUAAAGAGUAUUCAUUUGAGAAAGUCAGGGAAGAGAGCAGCUUUAGUGACAUUCCUGAUGUCAAGAAUGACUUUGCAUUCCUCUUACACAUGGUUGACCAGUAUGACCAGCUCUAUUCCAAACGAUUCGGUGUGUUCUUGUCUGAGGUCAGUGAAAACAAGCUGAGGGAAAUCAGCCUCAAUCAUGAGUGGACCUUCGAAAAAUUAAGGCAACUGGUGACCCGAAACACACAGGACCAGCAGGAACUGCACCUCUUCAUGCUCUCUGGUCUUCCUAAUGCAGUGUUUGACCUCACUGACUUGGAAGUGCUUAAACUGGAGCUGAUUCCUGAGGUGAGGUUCUCAGCAAAGGUUUCCCAGAUGACCAGCUUGCAGGAACUGCAUCUCUGCCACUGCCCGGCUAAAGUAGAGCAGACAGCUUUUGCUUUCCUCCGUGACCAUCUUCGCUGCCUUCAUGUCAAAUUCACUGAUGUUGCAGAGAUCCCAACUUGGGUUUACUUGCUGAGGAGUUUGAGGGAGCUUAAUCUAGUUGGGAACUUGAGCUCGGAUAAUAACAAAAUGAUAGGUCUAGAAUCCAUGAGAGAUUUGAGGCACCUAAAGACGUUAUGCUUGAAGAGCAACCUCACAAAAAUGCCCACAAACAUCACAGAGUUGUCCCCACAUCUCAUUAAACUAGUGGUACACAAUGAUGGUACAAAACUGAUGGUACUUAAUAGCCUGAAAAAAAUGACAAACCUUGGAGAACUGGAGCUGUACAAUUGUGAACUGGAAAGGAUUCCCCAUGCAAUUUUCAGCUUGACCAACCUGCAGGAACUUGACCUUAAAUCCAAUCACAUCCGAACCAUUGAGGAGGUCAUCAGCUUCCAACACCUCAAGAGGCUGACAUGCCUUAAACUGUGGCACAACAAAAUUAUAACCAUUCCAGCCUCCAUUGGCCAGGUCAAGUCUCUGGAGUCUCUCCACCUCUCACACAACAAACUGGAGAAUCUUCCUCCAGCCUUGUUCACAUUACCUAAACUCCGACACUUGGACGUUGGCCACAAUUCCAUCACAGUGCUCCCACCAGAUGUGGGUCUCCUCCACAACCUCCAGUACUUUGCCAUCAAUUCCAACAAGCUGGAAAUGUUGCCCAAGCCUCUGUUCAGAUGCACCAAGCUCAAGGUGCUUUGCCUGGGGAACAACGGGCUCACCGUGCUGCCAGAGGCUGUGGGUCAACUGGUUCAGCUCACUCAGCUGGAACUCAGAGGAAACUGUCUUGAUCGGCUGCCCGGCCAGCUAGGCAACUGCCGCCUGCUGCGCAAAAACUGCCUCGUUGUUGAGGACCAUCUCUUUGACACGCUGCCCGUAGAGGUGAAAGAGAGCAUCAGCCGAGAGACCAAUGUGUCCUUUACUAGCGGCUUAUAGCACAAAAAUCAUGUUAACGACACUUAGGCUGGCAGCUCUGACGACUUAUCAAAAGCCAGUAUAUUGGGGUGACAUAACAGACUUUUUACUGUUAUUGUUUUAUUGCUAUUUUGUUCACUGAAAAAAAAUGAAUGCAUUUUCUUGAUUAUUUUGAUGAAUUGUCUUAGUUGCACUAUAUAUGGAUAGUGUCUAUAGAUUUCUUACUUACUACAAAGAGAUGCAGAGUGUUUUUCCUUAUUGCUGAGUGUCUGCUUCCAUGCAGCGAUUUAAUUAUUGGCAUUUAGAAAUUCAUAGCUUUGUAUGUUAAAACGUGACACUAUAUAUAAAAAAGCUUUUAGUCUUUUUGUGUAAUAUUCCAUAGACCAAAAUUGUUUGCUGUAACGAUACAGUAUGUAUACUUUACAGUAUUGUAUUGUCCUAGGUACUCAGGUAUAAUUGUAACAAUGGGGAACAGUCUUUUGCCUUAACUGCUGCUAUUUUUUACAGCGAGGGCUUUCAAAACAAGAGGCCAAAAACAAAUAUAUUUCAUGUUUUUUUUUUUUUUUCUUUUUCCAGUUUUCAUACAGACACUAUCCACGGUUUCUAUACAUGAUAUAAGGGGCUAAAUGUAAUGCUCUGUUUCUUGGCAGUACUACACUUUUGUUGAAAUUUUAUUAAUUUUCCUCAAUGUCUUGUAGCUAACAGAAUGUGCAGCAAAUACCACAGCAGGAACUUGUGUAGACUGUCUAGACACAGUCUGAGUUGUGAAACUGACGUGGAGACGGAGAGCCAGAGCUGAACUUUAACCUUAAUAUGGAAAUGAUUGUAUAGUGACUAAGGCCUGUAGGAAUUCACAUUGAAAACACAAUGUAUAGACUGAAUGUUAUUUGAGAUAACAAGUCCUAAGAAAAAUCCGCACUCAAACUUUGCUCUUUUCAAAAUUAUCUGUGCAAGUUGACAAAAGGGAGAUCCAUUUUCUAGCAUUCCUAAUUAUGUUUUAAAGGCAAAUUUGUGGGUUGAAAUUGGCCAUGCAUAGGACUGAUUAUCCUAAAAAUGUACACUACAGAAUCAUGUAAUGAGGAUAAAUAUGUCUGCCUUCAUUCUUCCCAUUGUAUUUCUGUAUACAUAAGUGUUCUUCAAAGAUACGACUACUGUACCACGUUGGUGAUCACAUGCUCAAAGUUCACAACUUUAUGGCACAAUAAAACAUUUUAGAUGAAUGUC